GCGACAGGUAUUAUCUCAAUUAACUCAUCAUAAUCUACAUUUUUUUAUGAAUGUUAGAUUAAUUGAUUAGAAAUAAUAUGUGAAGUUGUAGCGUUGAUUGCCGCCGAUAUAUAGGACUUUGUUUGUAUGAUUAUUGGAAAAAAAGUAGCCUUUUUAGAUGACAACAGAUUGGUAUGAUUAAUUUUAUUUUAAAAAAUUGGUAUUUAUCUAGUGGUAGUAGGAGUAUUUUGGUCCAAUUGAUCUUGAGAUGGAAAGUAUCAAUAUUAGAAUUGUGACUAUAACAAAUUGUGUUGAAGAGGAAUGUUAAGGAGAUGUUUGUUGAUUCAAGUUCUCUUACAGUAAGGAAAUUGAACAGGCAUGGCCCACUUAGCACACUCCAUAUUCAUAUCACUCCAUGAAGUAUGAAGUAUCAAUUUCUGUCAUACUUCUUAAUAAUCUGUUACUCAUGUUAUACAUUGGUUCUAUAUGAUUAUAAGCUCUAAUUUAUAAUAUAGUUUAUGAUACUCUAAUAUUGAGUUUUGGCACAAGAAUUAUUUGAUGAAGUAUGAAGUAUUUGAGUUUUUAUUUGGUGAUUCAUUUUAUAAGAAAUAUAAGAGUAUAGUUAUAAUAUAGUUUAUGAUAAUUUAAAUGGAACUUUGUUUGGUGCAUUAUGAAAAAAAAAAAUAUGAAUAUGUAGGCCUCAUUUUAAAAUUAGUUUAGGGCCUCCAAAAUAGUUGAGACGACGUUGCUGAAGGGCAUAUAUAAAGAACCGCAGUAUUAGCUCUAGACUUGUAACGUUGUAACAUUACUACUAUGCGUGCAACCAAACAAGGGAUAAUUACAUAAAAAAAACAGCAGAAGAAAUGUUAGAAGAAAUCAGAAGUAUCUUUGUUUCUUCAUUAUUUUCUCUUAUCAUGCCUUCAUCUUUCCUUAAAUAGUGAUUGUGUAGCAGCACUUGUACAGGUGCUUAUUCCAUUAGAAAUGUCUAUGAGGAGACAAGAACUCCUAGGAUAAUGUAUUUAGAUUGACUCUCAGUUAAAGGAGCCCCCCCUCCCCCUCCUCCUCCCCCCAUAAUUAGUAAGCCUAUUCUUUGUAAAUGAUAUUACUACUGUUUUAUGCCAACAAUAAUUAGUUAGCCUAUUCUUUGUAAAUGAAAUGGACUUUUUCUUCCAUUUGGAAAAGAUUGAAAAAAAAAAUUGUUGUCUUAUUAUGAUAUUUGUUGGUUUUAAUUGUUAUUUUAUUAGAUUGGUUAUCAAAUGAAUGUUUAAACAAUGAUUUUAUCUACUAGUAUCUGAUAGCUCUAUUUGGGUUUUCUCUAUGUGUGUAAUGCAAUCGUUUCCUCGUCAAUUGGUUGACUAUGUGCUCUUGUUUUAUUGUAUUCUUAAGAGUAACUUUUAAGACAUUAUUGUUAGUUACUUAUCUCUUUGCUUUUCAUUCUUGUUUUGUCUCACCUGUGUAAUUGAUUUGAGAAGCAUUAGAGUAAUGUGUGUGUGCCUGACCUUUCCUUGAUGUAUAAAAUCCGUGAUGUUCUGCUUCCAUUAACUUUUAAAAUUUUAACUUAGAAAUGGAUCGAAGUUGGAUUUCUACCUCAAAGCCGGGUGACCCACAAUAUGAAGCUGGAAUAAGGGAAUUUAUUAAUUUUGCUAUUAAAAAUGCUAGGGAUCGAUCUAGGUUACCAUGUCCUUGUUUCAAGUGUCAUAACUUUUUGUAUAGACCGACUGAUGAAAUUCUUAAUCACUUGAGCAAGACGGCCUUCGAUAGAACAUAUACCAUUUGGACAUGGCAUGGGGAAAGUAAAGAUGGAACCUCUACAAGUGAUAACAAAAAUAAUGGUCAUGGUGGUCAUAAUUAUAAUGAGGGUGAUAGGUUAGCGGACAUGAUGCGAGUAGCUCAAGAUCAAUUUGCUGAAAACCCAGCAACAUUUGAGAGGAUGUUAAGUGAUUCUGAAAAACCCUUGUACCCAGGUUGUAAGAAGUACACAAGAUUAUCAGCAAUAUUGAGGUUAUAUAACCUAAAGGCAGGUCAUGGUUUGACUGAUAAUAAUUUUACAUAAAUACUUGAUUUAAUAAAAGACAUGCUUCCGGAUGAUAACGUUCUUCCAAGACGCACAUAUGAGGCAAAAAAGAUGUUGUGUUCAAUGGGGUUACCCUAUGAGAAAAUUCAUGUUUGCCCUAAUGAUUGCGUUUUAUAUCGGAAUGAUCUUGAUUCUUUAAAAAAUUGUCCAGUGUGCAAUGUUUCACGAUACAAGGAGAAAGAAGGGGUGCCUGCUAAGGUUUUGUGGUAUUUUCCAAUAAUUCCUAGAUUUAAACGUCUUUUUUCUAAUGCGAGCGAUGUAGCAAAAUUGACAUGGCAUUCUGAAGGACGAAAAAAAAGAUGGGAAGCUUAGACACCCAGCUGACUCCCCUCAAUGGAGGUUUAUUGAUGCAAAAUUUCAUGAGUUUGCUAAAGAAAAGCGAAACCUUCGCCUUGCAUUGUCUACUGAUGAAAGUACAUGAUGCUCUCGCUGUUAAUUUCUGGCCCAAAACAGCCCGAAAAUGACAUUGACGUCUAUUUAGCACCCCUUAUUGAUGAUUUAAAGAUGUUAUGGGAGAAAGGUGUAGAUGCAUUUGAUGCACAUCAUAAUGAAGUUUUUAAUUUGAGAGUUAUGUUGUUUUUCACCAUUCAAGAUUAUCCAGCUUAUGGUAAUCUUUCAGGAUAUACAGUGAAAGGAGAAACGGCUUGUCCAGUAUGCGAGGAUGGUAUGAAAGGGAAAGGACAAUGGUUAUCAACUUCAAAUAAACCCUUACUUUGAUCAUCGUCCUUUUUUACCUAUUAAUCAUGAAUACCGCAAGCAAAAAAAAGCUUUUAAUGGAAAACAAGAAUUUAGAAGACAUCCUAAAGUCUUGAGUGGUGAAGAGGUGUUUGAAAAUGUUAAAAGACAUUCAGGUAACCUUUGGGAAGAAAAAUAGAUCAAAGCUUCCUAAACAAGGGUACAAAAAAUGUUCUUGGCGUUUACCUUAUUGGAAAUUCCUUUUUGUUAGACACUGUUUGGAUGUGAUGCAUAUUGAAAAAAAUGUGUGUGAUAGCUUAAUUAACACAUUGUUGAAUGUCAACGGUAAGACAAAAGAUGGUGCCAAAGCUCGUGAUGACUUGAAGGAAAUGGGAAUUAGAAGUGAAUUGCACGCUGUUGAUGGAAGUAAAAGAUAUUUGCCUCCUGCAUCUUUUUCAUUGUCACGAACAGAGAAAAAAGUCUUUUGUGAAAGUUUAGCUGGAGUUAAAGUUCCAGAGGGGUUUUCCUCAAAUAUUAGCAACUUUGUUUCAAUGGGAAAUUUGAAACUUGUGGGGCUAGAGUCUCAUGAUUGUCAUAUUUUGAUGCAACAUUUGCUACCAGUAACUAUUCGCUCAAUUUUACCUAAAAAUGUUCGAUAUGCGAUUAUUAGGUUGUGUUCUUUCUUUAAUGCGAUGUAUGAUAAAGUCAUUGACCCAAAAGACUUGAAUCAUUGGGAAACUGAAAUUGCUGUCAUUAUUUGUCAAUUAGAGAUGUUCUUCCCCCCUUCUUUUUUUGACAUUAUGAUUCAUUUACCCAUUCACUUGGUCAGAGAGAUUAGAUAUUGUGGGCCGGUUCAUUCAAGGAGUCAAUGGCCUUUUGAAAGGAAAAUGAAAACUUAUAAGGGAUAUGUUAAGAACGCCUUUCACCCUGAAGGUUGUAUUGCUGAACGAUUAUUUUAUGAAGAUGCUGCUGGACUAGGUAGUGAAUAUGUAGAAAAUGCAAAGGUUAUUGGGAUUCCUGUAUCUCGACACACUGGAAGAAUGGAAGGUAAAGGGAUCAUAGGCCAUAAACAGCGUGAUUUGUCUUAUGAAGAGUGGCAACGGGCUCACACAUAUAUUCUUUUCAAUGAGGACGAAGUUGCACCUUAUGCUAAGAACCACAUUGCCUUCUUGAAACAGAGAAACCGUAAGAUGAAUCACAAAUCACUAUUUGUAGACACCCAUUUGUGUCUCCCCAAAACCAAACCCAGUGAUGAGUACCUUUCACGUCGAAUCAUAAUCAAAUGAAGUGAAAGUGUGGA